UAGGAGGCAGAGAGGCAUAGAGGUAGGUUAGAGAGAGAGAGAGAGAGAGAGAGACGAGCAGAACAAGACAGAGCAUGCAUGCACUGCAAGUUUUUGCCUCAUUUGCAUUGUUAGACUAACGGUGACUCUUUGCCCCAAUGUCUUGAAACAUGAGUUGCAGACUAAACAUGGGAGUUUUCUGCGGCUGAAAUACUUUAAAUUCUCAGUUCUCAGAAGACAAAACCUUCAAACCUCGUCCGAAAUGAGCGCGUCUGCAGGGACUGGGGUGUUUGUGCUCUCCUUGACGUCCAUCCCCAUCUGCUAUUUAUUUAAUUCCCUCAUUUACAACAACAGUGCUGAAGCUUUUUGCUUCGCUGGCUGUACAACAGUCUUCAUUCUGGCCAUUUCAGCCCGUUUUAUGCUCAAGAAGAAGGCUCCAGCAGAUCCUCUUUUCUAUGUGUAUGCAGUGUAUGCAUUCCUCAGUGUGGUGAAUCUGAUCAGCGGGCUGGAGCAGGACAACAUCAUUGAUGGAUUUGUGACGUUUUACCUCAAAGUGGCAGAUCCACAUAUCAACACAGCACACGGGCACAUGAUCUCCUACUGGGAUGGCUGUGUGCACUAUCUCAUGUAUCUGCUCAUGAUUGCUGCCAUUACUUGGGGGGACAGUUACCGAGCCAUUGGACUCUACUGGGUGGGAUCUUUUCUCAUGCAUGCCAUAGUCUACAUUCUUGGGAAUGCUAUUGGGAAAUAUGGGACCCACAUUGGCCCUUUCUUCCUCCUCCACAUGCUAUAUAUCACAGUGUCUGUCUGGGCCUGCUUCCACAUCUUCAGCCAGUCCUCCACACGGGAUGUUCAGCGGACUAGUAUCCAGGCGGCUGAAAGAAAAGGAUUAUUCCACAGACCUCUGGACUUACUGUUCACCAUCUACCUCAUCCCUGCUUUUGCUUUCUGUGUCUUCAGAGGCCUGAUUGUUCUGGACUGUUCCAGCAAAUGGUGUCAAGAAUACACACAACAGUAUGAGCCUUACCUCAGAGACCCUUCAGCCUAUCCCAAAGUACAGAUGCUGGCGAGCAUGCUGUACUCUGGACCAUACUACAUCAUUACUCUCUACGGGCUGAUGGUCCCAGGAUGUGAGUGGAUGAGGGACCUGACUCUGGUACACUCAGGAGCACUGGCACAGGCCCAGUUCUCUCAUAUUGGUGCAUCUCUUCACACACGGACACCGUUCUCCUACAGAGUGCCUGCUGACAGACAGCCUGUCUUCUUGCUGGUCAAUGUCCUGUAUGCUGUGGUGCCUCAGGCUCUGUGCUACCGCUGCAACACGCGGCCUGCCUUCUUUCUCAGGACAACGCCAGAUAAGAAGACUGAAUGACAGAAAGUGUCAGGGAGAGACAGAGACUGCCAGGGAUGUCAAGGAUGCCUAAAUAAAAGGCUGAAAUACUUCCUGACCUGUGAUCGCAAUUAUUAGCAGUUGCUAUUUUUGGAGAGGGAGCUGCGAUGAGGGCUGAGUGAAAGUAUUAGAAACAUGACAAAAUACUCCAGUGUCAAACCAAGUUUGUGUCAUUUAUGUUCUGCUGCUUAUUCUGAAAAAAUAAAAAUGUGUUUGAGUGAAAAGCACCAGCAGGCACAGGAAGACACACACAAUGUCACAGUACAAAUGCUUUAGUGGUUUAGGACUUGUUUAUAGGAUUCAAAGUACUUGACAAUACUUAUCGUUUUUUGGUGCUUUCUUGUUGGCACUGAGGUCUGUCUUUUCCAUAUAAUACAGUAUUGUUUAUACAAUGUAUAUGUACAUAGAUAUUAAACCAUUUAAGGGAAUUUAGUAACCAAAACAUAUUUUUUGUUGUUGCAUUAUUUAGUCACACUAUAAGAAUAUUCAAUUAGUUUUGAUGCACUUCAGAUUUGGUCACUUUCAAAGGAAUGUUAAGUUCAUUCAAAUGUACUGGAGAUGUUCAUAUUUGAAAAAAAAAACAAUGCAAUAACAUUCAGAAAUGCUUUAAACUUAUAAGGCAAAGGUUUUGUACUGCAUUUAAAAUGAAGUUCUAAUUAUUACACUGAAUGUAUCCGAUAAAGUGAGGGAUGGAAACAUUUAGGAAAUAUGAACUAUGUUUGUAAUCUUUGUCAUUUAGAAGACAAAACAUUUUUUCCAUUUAUUUUUUCACUGUACAUUGUAUUCUACCAGUAGGAAUUUAGUCACUCACUGAAGUGCAAAUGGCAAAUGUAUGUACU